AAAAAAACAAACAGCCGCCGCCACCGGAACGAAACAAAUCCAACACGCACCGAAACUCCAAUCCAUCCGAUGGCCGGCGGCGGCGGGCGGGCGGCGGUUUCGCUGCUGACGAAGGCGGCGCAGGCGGCGGCAGGGCUGGGGCUGGCGGCGUCGGCGGCGUCGACGGCGCUGUACACGGUGGACGGAGGGCAGCGGGCCGUCAUCUUCGACCGGUUCCGCGGCGUGCUCCCGGAGACUUCGACGGAGGGGACGCACUUCAUCGUCCCCUGGCUCCAGAAGCCCUACAUCUUCGACAUCCGCACGCGGCCGCACAGCUUCUCCUCCACCUCGGGGACCAAGGACCUGCAGAUGGUCAGCCUCACGCUCCGCGUCCUGGCCCGCCCCGACGUCGAGCGGCUGCCGGACAUCUUCACCUCGCUCGGCCUCGAGUACGACGAGAAGGUGCUCCCCUCCAUCGGCAACGAGGUGCUCAAGGCCGUCGUCGCGCAGUUCAACGCCGACCAGCUCCUCACCGAGCGGCCCCACGUCUCCGCGCUCGUCCGCGACUCCCUCAUCCGCCGCGCGCGCGAGUUCAACAUCGUCCUCGACGACGUCGCCAUCACCCACCUCGCCUACGGGCCGGAGUUCUCCCAGGCCGUCGAGAAGAAGCAGGUCGCGCAGCAGGAGGCGGAGCGCUCCAAGUUCCUCGUCGCGCGCGCGGAGCAGGAGAGGCGGGCCGCCGUCGUCCGCGCGGAGGGGGAGAGCGAGGCCGCGCGCCUCAUCUCCGAGGCCACUGCUGCCGCGGGCACCGGCCUGAUCGAGCUCAGGAGGAUCGAGGCCGCCAAGGAGAUCGCCGGGGUGCUGGCGCGCUCGCCCAAUAUCUCGUACAUCCCGGCCGGCGACAGCAGCCAGAUGCUUCUUGGCCUCAGUGGCGCUCGGUGAAUGAAUCGUCAAUUUCUCUUUAGUGAAUUGCAUUCUAUUAGCACAUUAAGAUUUUAUCAUGGUAUGAUACAAUGCUCAUAAAUUUCCACUGACGGAGGAGGCUUUGUCGAACAAUUGCUGCAAUUUAUGUGCCCAAAAUAUGCUCUAAUGCGAUCCGAAGAUUGAUGCAAUUUAUGCUCCCAAAAUAUGCUCUAUUGUGAUCCUUCAACAAUGAUCUCAUUAGCUUUGGCAAUAUGUUGAAUAUUUUGUGAUCCUUCAACUAUUGCAAUUCAAGCAUAUUAUUUGUUUACAAAUUUGUGUUUGUCUGGCUACUGCCCUACAUUGCCUUUGAUGUCUUGUUCCGUUUUACCGGUUUAUAUUUUUCUGGUUUUGCUGUCAUUGAACACAAAU